AUGGAAGCCAUCAUGGGUUGCCCUUCCACACCUCAUCGAGCAUCCUAUCCUCACCUCAGGCGCAUAUGUCGUCUCCCGCGUCAGGCUUCUCCCGACUCUCCCUCUCCAGAAUGGCAUCCACCCGCCCAGAAGAUGGUGCUACCCAGCCCAGCAACGACUCCUCUGACGCCUCCGACAGCGAGGACAGCAACGACGACUCGGGCGAAGACUCCAGCCCCGAAGACGCCUCCAUCCUCCGCUCCGCCCACACCAAGCUCCGCUACGACACCAGCCGCCUCACACGCAGCACCACGCGCCGCGCCCGCGCCGGCCUCAACGAGCCCUUCACCCUCAGCCACUGCUCCGUCUACAACCCCUCCGAAGGCUCCGAGUACUUCGCCUUCCAGAUCUUCGAAACCGUCAGCUUCUCCGUCCGCGUCGGCGCCCCGGACUCCGAGUACCGCAGCCCGACCUGCCACUGCGACUCCGACCCCGGCCCCUGCCGCCACAUCUUCUGGCUCCUCGACCAGAUCGCCUCGCACACCCUCUCCAGCUCCGACAAAUCCACCCCCCUCCCCCUCUCCUCCCGCGGCUUCUCCCGCACCCCCGCAAACGCAGACGCUUACCACCACAUCACGGCCUCGGGGCCGCACCUCUUCCAAGAACUCGACUGCGACCACCGCAUCGCGCCGAGCUAUACGAAGCCCUCCCCUGCCGCCGCGACAGCAGCAAGAAUCACGGAUAUCCGCGACAUCCUCGCCUCCUUCUCCCCAGCGACCCGCGACGACUACCGCCCUGACAUCUUCUCCGCCCCCCCCCCCGACCCAUCCUCCCCCUCCUCUUCCCCACAGACCUCGAGAAAACACUCGCCCACGCCGCCCUCGCGAACCCAGACCUCUUCCGCCACCUCCGCGCGCUCGUCCCGUCCUCGCACUGCACGGCGUCUUUUUUCCGGAAGCAGCGCGCGCGUGCUGCAGCGGCGUUGGCGAAGUUGGAUGCGUAUACGGCGACGCGACCGCGCGCUGCUGCUGCGGGGGGGCCGCUGGUGGUGGUGCAUGA